AUGGAGGGGCACCCUGACACCCCUCGAGCAGCUCAGCCAGGUGCCGACCACUGGUGCGAGAAGUCAGUGCCAGUACAAGACACAGAGAUCCUGAGCCCGAGACUUGAACAAGAGAUUACCUGUGCCAGUCUUCACCAGUACAACCUACAAGGCUGGUACAUCGAUGUCGAGAGGAUGCGUCACCUACACGGGAGCGAUGAUGGCAUAGCCCAGUACUACCUGCAAAAUGGACCCAAUGCCACCUGCUACAUGUAUAAACCCCCAGAGAUACAGUCCUACACACGGAACCGCACUGUCAGAGAGUGCUGUGAGGGAUGGAGUGGUCCUCGCUGUACUGAAGGAGUUGGAGUCAGAGGACGCUGCUACUCAACAUGGAACUGCCAAGAUUUUGUUGGUGCCCACAACCUUUCGCUGAUGCAGAUGGAAGAGUGUUGCAGCACCAUGUGGGGUCACAGCUGGAGGAAUGGCUCUGAUGAAUCGUGCUUUUCUUGCACCUACAGUUUUUUCAUGGAUUCUCAGUCAUCAAUGGUUGUGAAGCCUCAUUCCUCCUGGCUACUUGGAGCCACUCAAGACAAGCAAGCGUUUUCCACCUGUGCCACCUGGAGCAGCUCACACUUUCGCACCUUUGAUGGACUGCACUUUAACUUCAGGGGCAGCUGUACCUAUAACCUGGCAUCAUCUCAAGAUGGCACCUGGGCAAUUUACAUCUCCUCCACAUCAUGCCAGCUCACAGGGGCCUGUGCUAAGGCUCUGAAGAUGAUGUUUGGCCUGGAGCUGAUCACCAUGCAAGGCAGAAAUGUCUCAGUUAAUGGAGUAGCAGUUCAAGAGAGGCAGCCGCGUUUACAAAACGGAAUCAGCAUUCGCUGGCUUGGAGAUUUCAUAUUCGUCGACACCGGGAUGGGCAUCAGGGUGAAAUACAGCGGAGACACCACCAUUUAUGUGACAGUCACAGCAGACCAGAGGGGCAGAACCAGAGGACUCUGUGGCAUUUACAAUGAUGACAUUCGAGAUGACUUCACCACUGUUGCUGGCACUAUCGUGAAAUAUGCAGCAAGUUUUGGAAACUCAUGGCGUGUUCCUGGUGAACAACCAGAGGUCUGCAGUGACGCAGCAGAGGUGGGGCACACCUGUGAGAUUUCAGGACAGCGCACCCUGCGGCAGAAAGCGGAGGCCAUGUGCAACAGACUGCUGGAGGCUCCUUUCAGUCAGUGCCACUCCAAGGUGGACCCCAUGGGUUAUCUGGAUGCCUGCUUGUACCUGUACUGCAGUGAAAUGAGCCCCGGGAAAGAAAAUGUCAUCUGUGACACCUUUGCUGGCUACGCAAGGGAAUGCGCCCAAAAGCACAUCUUUAUCAGCUGGAGAAAUGCAGACUUCUGCGAGCACCACUGUAACAAGGGCCAGGUGUAUUCUGACUGUCUCUCAUCGUGCCCUCCAAGCUGUGCAGCCGUACGGACCCCUGAAGCAGGCCACUGUCGGGAUGACUGCGUGAGUGGCUGUGAAUGCCCACCUGGAACCUACCAGGACAGAGGGUCCUGCAUUAAGAAGGAGGAGUGCCCCUGUUCUCACCGUCGAAAAAGAUACAACCCGGGGGACACAAUCCAGCAGAAAUGCAACCAGUGUGUUUGCCAGGGUGGCCAGUGGCUUUGCUCUCAGGAGAAGUGCUCAGCUCAGUGCAGUAUGCUUGGAGACUCUCACUACAUCACCUUUGAUCGCAAACGCUACACUUUCCAUGGGGCCUGUGAAUAUUCCCUUGUGGAGGAUUUCGUUGACAAGAAGCUGUUAAUCACAGGCGAGAGUACAGAGUGCCGGAGUCAGGGGUCUGCCGGGUGCCUGAAGAGUUUGUCCAUUAGAGUCAACCAGGAUUUGAUCAGAAUUAAAACAACAGGGGAUGUAACGAUGAAUGGCAAAGAGAUUGUCCUCCCAUUUUUCAGCAAAGGUCUCUUACUGAAGCAGGCCUCUUCUACCUUCAUCCUCAUUCAGCUUCAUGGGGCACACAUCUUCUGGGGUCUGGAGUUCCCGGCUGCAUACAUCACUCUUCAGCCAGUUUAUGCUAACAAGGUGAGAGGCCUCUGUGGAACCUUCAACUGGAACCAGAAUGAUGAUUUCACAACACCCGAAGGUGACGUGGAAAACAGCAUCUCUGCCUUCACUAACAGGUUUAAGAUUGAUCCUGACUGUCCGGCUCUCAGCAGCUUCAACUUUGACCCCUGUGGGAUCUUUGCACAGCGUCGCCAGUUUGCAGAAGAAGUGUGUGCUGUGAUCCGUAGCCCUGCUUUUGAGGUCUGCCAUGACCAAGUUGAGUGGGAGCCAUACUAUCAGCUGUGUCUAUACGAUGUUUGCAGUUGCCCACCUGGAAAGCAGUGUGUCUGUAGUGCCAUUGCUGCCUAUUCCAGACAAUGUGCUCAGGAGGGCACCAUAGUCCACUGGAGAAACCACACAUUCUGCCCAUUGCAGUGCAGUGGAGGCCAGGUUUACAGCGAGUGUUCUCAGCCAUGUCGAUCAUCUUGUGAAGAAGUCCAGCAUCCCAGUAGCUGUCAGGUGGUGGAAGAUUGUGUGCCAGGCUGUGCCUGUCCAGAAGGGCUGGUGCUGGACAGUACCGGGCAGUGUGUGCCCAUUGAUAUGUGUUCUUGUAUGCAUGGAGACACCAUCUACCAACCGGGCAGCAGUAUAAAGCGCCUCUGCAAUACUUGUCUUUGUGAAAAUGGCACAUGGAACUGCACCAGUCUUCAGUGUCCCGAUAUGGCUGUUUGCCCAGGGAAUCUCGUCUAUUCCUACAAGUCUUGUCUGAGGACAUGUGAUAAUAUGGAGUCCCCACACAACUGCUCAGAGGCAUUUGAUGGCUGCGUGUGUCCAGAAGGCACUGUACUCUUGGGUGAACAGUGUAUCCCUCCUUUAGAAUGCCCAUGUCAUCAUAAUGGCAGACUGUACUACAAGAAUGACAGCAUCACCAAGGAAUGCAAUACCUGUGUGUGCAGAGACCGCCGCUGGCACUGUGGAAAGUCUCGUUGCUCUGGAACCUGCCUAGCCACUGGAGACCCUCACUAUAUCACCUUUGAUGGACGGCCCUUCACUUUCUUAGGAGACUGCGAGUAUAUCUUGGCACAUGAGACCAACGGGCUCUUCACCGUUACUGUGGAGAAUGUACCUUGUGGUUCUAGUGGGGUUACCUGCACUAAGUCUGUAAUUGUGGCUCUGGGCAACACCAUUGUGCACUUGCUAAGAGGGAGAGCUGUGACCGUGAACAGUGUGUCGGUGAGACUGCCCAAAACGUACAGCGGAAGUGGGUUGAAGGUAGACAGAGCCGGCCUCUUCAUCACUGUCACUUUGAAACUAGGACUCGCUCUGCUGUGGGAUGGAGGUACAAGAGUUUAUCUGAAACUGGAUCCAGUGUUCCAGGGACGAGUAAGUGGAUUGUGUGGGAAUUUUGAUGGUGAUACAGAGAAUGACUUCACCACUCGGCAGGGAGUUGUAGAGCCCACUGCAGAUCUUUUUGGAAAUUCUUGGAGGGUCAGCCAGAGUUGCCCUGAAGUGCAGAAUGAUGUUCAGCAACACCCAUGCACGCUCAAUCCACACCGUGCUACAUGGGCAAGAAAGAAAUGCAGCAUCAUCAACCAAGACUUGUUCUUACCCUGCCAUCAAGAGGUUCCCAGCCAGCAGUUUUAUGAAUGGUGUGUCUUUGAUGCUUGUGGUUGUGACUCUGGAGGGGACUGUGAGUGUCUCUGUACUGCCAUUGCCACCUACACUGAGGAGUGCAAUAAGCGUGGAGUGUCCAUUCGCUGGCGGACGCAAGAUCUUUGCCCAAUGCAAUGUGAUAAUGGACAGGUAUAUGAAGCCUGUGGCCCAGUCUGCCCCCAUACCUGUAGGACAUUGCAUCAGAGUGCUGAUCCACACUGUAGCUCGCUGUCAUGCGUUGAAGGCUGCUUCUGUCCAGAGGGCAUGGUCCUCCAUGAUGGAAACUGUAUCAAACCAAUCAAUUGUCCAUGCGACUGGGAACAGACUGUUUUCCCCUCAGGAGCCACCAUCAUCCAGAACUGUCAGAACUGCACCUGCUCAGGAGGAUCUUGGGAAUGCUCCGGCCAACCUUGUGGACUUGAGCCCCUGUGCUUACAUUCCGAGUUUCAGUGUGGCUCGGGGCUAUGUAUCCCAUCCUCGUGGGUUUGCGACAAUGAAGAUGACUGCGGGGACGGCUCUGAUGAGGCCUGUAUGGCGAGCUGUGGGCCACAACAGUUCCGCUGUGACAGUGGGCAGUGUAUUUCUGAGCAGUUCCUCUGUGAUGGGGAGCCCGAUUGUUCUGACAGCUCCGACGAGAUUCAGUGCCCGCCAGCUCACCUCUGUACUCGGGGAGAAUUUCACUGUGCUAAUGGAAGGUGCAUCCCCCUACUCCAGGUCUGUGAUGGCAGACUGGACUGUGGCAUUGAUGAUGACUCAGAUGAAGACGCUGCUGUGACUUGUGCAUCAGGACAGCUGGCUUGUGGGGAUGGCACCUGCAUAACAAGAGAAAAGACUUGUGAUGGGGUGACUGACUGUCCAGAUGGUGCAGAUGAAAAUGACGUCCAUUGCUCUGCUCCAAUAACUGUCUUACCGGGGCAUACUGAAGCCACGCCUCCUCCAGGCUCCACCCCCAGCAAUGAAACAACAGGAAACUGCAGUGCCCAUGAAUUCCUUUGUGGAAACGGGGAAUGUAAACCUAAAGCCUGGCUGUGUGAUGGAGAAACAGACUGUGGAGAUGGCAGUGAUGAGGUCAGCUGCUAUCAGCUGUGUGGGCCUGAUGAGUACCAGUGCCAUGGCAGUGGAGAAUGCAUCCAUCAUAUCCAGCUUUGUGAUGGCAAACCAGACUGCCGAGACCAGUCCGAUGAGAGUCUAGACAACUGUGGUUCAACUCAGAUCCCUCCAUGCCCUGGAAAGUUUCCCUGUAAUAACCGUGUGUGUGUAAACACCUCCCAGGUGUGCAAUGGCAUCCCAGAGUGCCCUCUCGGUGAAGAUGAGCUGCAGUGCGGCAAGAACAUCUCCACCAGCCCUUGUCCAGAGUUUACCUGUAAUGAUGGCAGCUGCAUUAGCUUCAACCAGGUUUGCGAUGGAGUGGCUGAAUGCUCCGAUCAGACUGGAGUGCCACCUCUGGAUGAACACGACUGUGGAGUAUGGCACCCUUGGGAGUCGUGGGGGCCAUGCAGCCGAACAUGUGGAGCGGGAUUUCAAAAAAGACAGAGGCACUGUUCAAGUCAAGAGCUGUUAAAGCGCUGUCGGGGUGAAGCCGUCGAAAGGCAGCAGUGUUUUAACGUUGCCUGCCCAGUUGAUGGAGGGUGGUCACAAUGGACAGUGUGGUCCAACUGCACUAAGGACUGCAGUGGAGUGGUGAUCCGCCGCCGGGAAUGCAUUGCUCCACAGAAUGGAGGCAGCUCUUGUACUUCUCUACCAGGAUCAUCCCAGGGCUCUCUGGAGAUCGAGCCAUGUCCCCAGAACAGCUGCCAAAAUGUUACUUUAUGCCCAGGAGGACUUGUAGCAAGGAAGUGUGCUUCCUGCCCCUUGACGUGUGCAGACCUGGCCAAAGAUGUGUCUUGUGGAAUAGACUGCUUUUCUGGUUGCUGGUGCCCUGAAGGCCAACUGAUGGAUUAUAAUCAAAAUUGCGUUUAUCCAGAAGACUGCCCUUGUGAAGUGGACGGGGUACAGUUUUUUGCAGGACAACAGGUUAAAAUUAAGUGCCAGAUUUGUACCUGCCAGCACGGGAGGUUAGAAGAGUGCCAACCCAACCCUGAGUGUACAGUUAAUUGUGGUUGGUCUUCAUGGUCGCCGUGGGGUGAAUGCCUGGGGCCCUGUGGUGUUCAGAGUGUCCAGUGGUCCUUCCGCAGCCCUAACAAUCCUAGUAAACAUGGAGGAGGCAGACAGUGUCGAGGCAUCUAUCGCAAAGCACAAAGGUGUCAAACAGAACCAUGUGAGGAUUGUGAAUUCCAUGGAGAGAGGCAUGCCAUUGGAGAACGAUGGAAAUUCAAAAACUGCCAAGUAUGCCAAUGCCUGCCCAACCUGACCGUGCAGUGCUCCGACUACUGCCCCUAUACUGCCACAGGCUGUGCACAGGGUCACACACUGGUCCCUGGAAAUGGAGAAACCUGCUGCUACUGUGAAGACAGAGGAACCAAUGCCACGUGGUUAGCCAGUCCAACUCCUCCAAGCCCGUUUGUCACCACUUCUAGCCAGGUGACUGUGAACCAAAGUGAGCCCCUUGUUCCAAUGUAUCCAGUGAGCCCUGGAGAUGAAUGCCUUAAACCCAUUGGAGUUGAGAACCUUCCAGACAGCAGCUUCAGUGCAUCUUCCCAGCAAAGAAACAACCCGGCCAAAGCAGGACGCCUGAAUCAUAUCAGCUCAUAUAGUGACCUACAGGGCUGGAGUCCCGACCCGGAGCAGUACCGUAACCUUCAGGAAAACCCAGCCUUCCUGCAGAUUGACCUCUUGCAGCCUCAUAAUGUUACUGGUGUCAUAGUUCAAGGACCAGGAGCCUCUGAUAGCUAUGUCUCCAGCUUCUACCUCCAGCUGAGCCUAGAUGGCCACAGAUGGUUUACUUUUCAGGAGCUCCUCACAGAUGGUCGUCCUCAUGACAAGCUGUUUCUGGGAAACACAAAUGACUCUGGUGUCACCAUUAGCCACCUGCACUUGAUGGUGACUGCCCGCUUUGUCAGGAUCGUGCCACAUAACUUCUAUAAUGGCAUCUACUUAAGAACUGAGCUGCUCGGCUGUGGAGAAGGUACUGUGCCAGGAUGCCUCUCUACCCAGUUCAACUGCCUAAACACAAAUGUCUGUCUUAACCUGAGCCAACGAUGUGAUGGCAGAAUUGACUGUGAGAACGGCUCAGAUGAGAAGGGAUGUGUCAGUUCUAAUCUCGGGAUGACCACUACUGCUGACGAUCACAGGUUAUCGGGAGCCACACCUACCCAUUCUACCCUCACUGGUGGCACGGGAAGGACGAGCACUGUGAUGAUGUUGGAGGCACAAGUGUCAAGCAUUAUUCCAACGACGUCCAUGCUGCACAGGAUCAUCUUUGCUCGGUUCUUACGCAUAAUGCCUGUGGAAUACAAAAGGAACUUUUUUUUGCGUGUUGAAAUCCUUGGCUGCUCCUUGGAGACUACAGCUACACCAACUCCUGUGCCAGUCGAUCUUGGGUCAGUGUCUCCUCCUUGGUCUUUACUGCCAAGGCAAUCAACUCCACAGAGCAAAUCAAGCGAAGCAAAACUAGUCACACGCCCUGUCACCUUAACAAAGCCACCACUGGGCAAACCAACAGGUGAGCCGGGUAUAAGUCAAGAACCAGGGAUUCAUGGAACACCAGCUGUUGAAGGUACCCGGACAACCAGUCGCCUAACAACGGCCAAGAUAUAUCCAAGAACCACAGGCCAACCAGGCAUUCCACACAUGGAGGGGAUUACAGGCAGCCCAGGUGUCCAUCUGCAAAGUCGAGUAACAUUUGCUCCAGGAGCUGAUCUGACUAUGGAGAGUAUGCCACCUCUACCCAGAAUGCUUUGUGCUCAGGACGAGUUUCAGUGUCGAGCAUUUGGCUGUGUGGAUGCCGUGCUUGUGUGUGAUGGGCAAAGGGACUGCAUGGAUGGAUCUGAUGAACAACACUGUGGCACUGUGUCUCCAUCCCGACUAACCCCAGGAUUCACGACUCCUGGCCAGAUCACAACACCAUCAGGCGUCUGCUCUCCCAAGCAGUUCAUGUGUGGAAGCGGGGAGUGCAUUCAUCAGGACAGAAAAUGUGACCUUCAGGGUGACUGUCAGGACAGAUCUGAUGAGAAGGACUGCGUGGACUGCAUUGUAUCUGCUUGGACUGAAUGGAGCUCUUGCAGUCAAUCUUGUGGUCUUGGCUCAAUUUUCCGGCAGCGAGAGGUGAUCAAAGAAGAGCAAGAUGGAGGCCAGUGUGAGAAGAACUUGUUUGACAGCCGUGCCUGUUUCAUAAAGGCUUGUCCUGUGGCUGGCCAGUGGUCUGAAUGGGGCCCCUGGUCAGCAUGUGAUGUGACUUGUGGAAAUGGGGUCAGGUCACGGGAAAGGAGCUGCUCAAACCCACCUCCCAAAAAUGGAGGAGAAGACUGCGAUGGAGACGCCUUUGACACAGAAAGCUGUAACCUCCCACCCUGCAACCAUACAGCAGCAGCCGUCUCAAAAUGUCCUUCAGGUUUGGUGUUCAUCUCAGCAGAGGACUGUGAAGAGGAGAGCCUUAAUCUCUGCCCUUUAUCCUGCGAGGAUCUCAACACUGAGUUUAAUUGCUCCUUACAAUGCAAAGAAGGGUGCCAUUGUCCUUCCGGCUUCUAUCUUCAGAAUGGAAUCUGCGUUAAUGCCAGUCAUUGUCAUUGUCACUGGAACGGUACUACUUUUCAACCAGGAGAGACUUUAAUUAGAAAUGACUGCAGUGAAUGCGUAUGCCUUAAUGGCAAAGUCUCCUGUGAUGAUUCUCUCUGCCCAGUCAAUUGUGAAUGGUCAUCGUGGUCUUUGUGGACAUCCUGCGAUAGUCAAUGCGGGAUGGGAAUUCAAGAGCGUUACAGGUCACCAUCAAACCCACCAGCGCAGAAUGGUGGGUCACCAUGCUUGGGUGAUUCUGCGGAAGCACAGCGCUGUCACAUCACCUGCAGUGACGAUGUCUUAGCUAAAGAAAAACAGUGGACUGAGUGGACAUCAUGGUCUCAGUGCAGUAAAACGUGUUUUGUCCAUGUGGACAGCGUUGGUGUGAGACGCCGCUUUAGAGCCUGCAACGAGUCACUGGGUAAUGCCUGCUCUGGACCAAAUGAAGAACAGGAGCUGUGUGCUACUGUACCCUGCCCAGUUCAUGGAGCAUGGAGCCAAUGGUCCCACUGGUCUAACUGCACUGCUGAAUGUAACUUUGGAGUUCAGACCCGAAGCAGAGCCUGCACUGCCCCAGCGCCCCGUCAUGGAGGUGACAAGUGUCCUGGACCACAUGUGCAGACUCGGGACUGCAACACCCAACCCUGUCACAGUGCUUGUCCAGAAGGGAUGGUAUACCACAGUAAGGAGACUUGCCAACAGGCUGGAGGAGCCUGUCCACGGGUGUGCAUGGACCUCACUGCCAUCGUAGAAUGUGCAACAGACUGCUACGAUGGCUGCUACUGCCCAGAUGGGUUCUACUUACAGAAUGAGACCUGUGUUCCACUGAGCCAGUGCUACUGCUACCACCAGGGAAAAGCUUACCCACCAGGAGUAAUUCUUCCUUGGAACGCCUGCAACAACUGCACAUGUUUGCAGGGCCGAAUGAUCUGUGGAACUGCUCCAUGUCCAGUGGAUUGCGGGUGGAGUAGCUGGACACAGUGGAGCUCAUGCAGUAAGACAUGUGACGUGGGGACAAGGAGACGCUACCGCUCGGGAACAAAUCCACCAGCUAUGUUUGGGGGUCAGAAGUGUCGAGGCUCCAGCACCCAGGUGGAUUUCUGUAGCCUGCAGGCUUGCAAGGGAUCUUGGAGCUCAUGGACACCGUGGUCAGAAUGCUCUGUGACCUGUGGGGGCGGUUUCCGUAAUCGUACCCGUGACGGGCUUGGCUCCAGGAGCAGCGAGUUUUCCAGCUGCAAUGUGCAUCCGUGUGAUAACAGAACAAGCUGUCCACCCGACAAGGAGUGGAAGGAGUGCGCCAGUGGCUAUGUGACUUGCACAGAUGUCAGCCUGGAUGUCUUGAACUUGACGUGUGAGCCGGGAUGCUUCUGCCGUGAGGGGACCUUACUACAGGAUGCUAAGUGUAUCCCAGUGUCAGAUUGUCCAUGCCUGGACAAUGGAGUUCUGUACUCACCAGGGGAGAUCAUCCAGAGAGACUGCAAUAACUGCUCCUGUGUCGCUGGAAAAAUUGUUAACUGCACGCAAUUCAGCUGUGAUGUGGAUGGUCAAUGGUCAGAAUGGACUCCCUGGAGUGAAUGCUCUGUCUCAUGUGGAACUGGACUACAGAAUCGCUAUCGGUUUUGUAACAGCCCACCUCAGUCUGGAAGUGGCCUGCCCUGCCUUGGUGCUGAUAAACAGGAUCAGAUCUGCAGCAACGUCCCAUGUUCACGAAACGGUGGCUGGAGUGAGUGGAGCAGCUGGUCCGAUUGUACCAAGUUGUGUGGUGGAGGUGUAAUAAGCAGGUCUCGUGAAUGCAAUAAUCCAGUUCCUGAAGGAGACGGGGACUUCUGUGAGGGUAUUGGAAGUGAGAUUGACUCCUGCAACACUGAAGACUGCCCAGUAAUUGACUGCUCCUCCGUUGAAGGAUCUGUCUUCAACAGCUGUGGACCAUCCUGCCCACGCUCCUGUGAUGAUCUUUCACACUGUAUCUGGAGUUGUGAACCAGGGUGCUACUGCAGUAGUGGAAAGCUUCUGGACAAAAAUGGCACAGCUUGUGUGGAGAAAGAGAAUUGCACCUGCCUUGACGUCCACACCCUGGAGCGAUACCUUCCUGGAGAAACCUUCACAAGACCUGAUGGCUGUAACAACUGCACCUGUGUAAAGGGAGAACUGAUCUGCACUAAUAGGCCUUGUGCUGUUUCAGGGGGCUGGUGUGAAUGGUCAGCUUGGACACCCUGUUCCCGAACCUGUGGCUCAGAGAUGGUGACCCGCUACCGUACUUGCUCCUGCCCUGCUCCACUGAAUGGUGGUUCAGCAUGUGAAGGGGUGCAAGAAUAUCAUGUCAACCUUGGGGUACAAAUUGAAAGAAAGCAAUGUCCUUCUGUUUCCUUCUGCCCAGUUCAUGGUGCCUGGAGCUCCUGGAGUCCCUGGUCGCUCUGUGAUGGCUGCUUAGGAGCAUCUGUACGAACGAGAGAGUGCAGCAGUCCACCUGCCAGAUUCGGAGGACUCCCCUGCCAAGGAGAAGCCAGACAGAGCCGCGUGUGCCAUGACAAUGAAACCAUCUGCUCAGAAUGUGGAGGAGGCCAGGUUGACUUCCCCUGUGGUAAACCAUGUCCAAGGACUUGUGAUGACCUCCAGAGUGAUACAGUUUGUGAGGACAGCACGGUCUGCCAGCCCUCUUGCGGUUGCCCUGGUCAGCAAGUUCUUCAAGAUGGCAUUUGUGUGGAUCCGUCGCUGUGUCGUUGUAAAUACCAGAACAUCACAACAGAUGGCUCUGGUGUGGGGAAUGGAUCUUGGGUCUGGCCGGAGUCAAUAGUCUGGAUGUACAGUGAACCUGGAGAGACCAUCUACACUGCCUGUCAAAACUGCACUUGUGAAGAAGGCCACCUUUACUGCCAGUCAGAUCCUAGAUGUCGCUUAGAUGGCAACUGGAGCCCGUGGUCCAAAUGGUCACCUUGCACUUUAACCUGUGGUGUUGGCACUAAGUUUCGAUAUCGUGAUUGUAGUAACCCUGCGCCACAGGGAGGUGGGAGAGGUUGUUUAGGAGAUGCAGAGCAACAGCGUAGCUGUAAUGCGUUCCCUUGUGAAGAUUCCGAAUCUUGGGGUGAAUGGUCAGCUUGGACAGAAUGCACCGUCACCUGUGGUGGAGGAGAACAGAUCCGAAGACGCACAUGCCGAUAUUCUGAAUGCAAAGGACUUACUCAACAGAGCAAGGCAUGCAACACUCACGUGUGUCUUGAUGUUGGUUGCCCACCAGACCGCCUGUAUCGUGAAUGCCAGCAAGGAGAAGGAUGCCCUUAUAGCUGUGCACAUGUCAGCCUCAAAAUGAGCUGCUACAGUGACAGCUGCGAAGAGGGCUGCCACUGCCCGGUGGGCACAUUUUUCCACAAUCACUCCUGUGUGACGGUGUGCCCCUGUGAUGUGGAUCAAGAGCUCCUUCAAAAGUUACGGAACCUCUCAUCCAUUCCUUCUUUCUCACCUGUCCUGCUCACCUCUCAGGGAAAUGCACUGGUGCUUGGAGACAUGGUCCAGUCAGGAGAUUCACUCUUUUUCACAUGUGGAUCUUGUGUAUGUCAACACAGCCAUUGGAACUGUUCAUUAUCGAGAUGUUCUGAAGAGCCUGGCGUCACUUCUUGGGGACCCUGGGGGUCUUGUUCCCGUACUUGUGGGGGCCUAGGUCACAUGACCCGAUUUAGAGAAUGCAUCCAGGAAGAAGCUGCCCAAGGAAAUUCAAACUGUACAGCUCCCCUUCAGGAUGUCAAGUAUUGCCAAGCCCCUGAUUGUCCAGCUUUACCAGCACCCACUGAAGAUACCACAACAUCAGAUACUCUGGAUGGCUUUGGUCCCUGGACCAGCUGGAGUCCCUGUUCAAAAUCCUGUACUGACACCAAGGAUCCAGCACUGAAGAUUCGAACACGGAACUGUGUCAGCCAUGAGAACUGCACUGGCGAGACAUCCCAGGAGAUGGUCUGCAAUUUGCCGCAGUGUUCUGAUGGAACAGAAUAUUGCCAGGGAGAGGAUUGUGCCCAUAGGAACUGCUCCUGGAACCCAUGGUCAAGCUGGGGGGAAUGUUCAAGGUCUUGUGGAGUCGGGCAGCAGCAACGUCUCAGGACCUUUGUAUCCCCUGGCAUAAAUGGCAGCUGGUGUGAUGAUAUCAUGGGAGGAAAUGUAGAGACCCAAUUCUGUAACAUUCGAGCCUGUCGAGUGGACGGUGGCUGGUCUCGAUGGAGUCCUUGGUCAAAGUGUGACAGAAAGUGCAGGGGUGGAAAAUCUGUUCGUACCAGGACUUGCUCUAGUCCUCCACCCAAAAAUGGCGGAAGUAACUGUGAAGGCGAUAAGAACCAGAUAAAGCUUUGUAACACCAAACCCUGUGAAGGUGAAGUCUGCCCACCAGGUCUGGAAACUGUGGACUGUGCCAACCGCUGCCCACGCCACUGCUCUGACUUACAGCAGGGUAUCACCUGUCUUAAUACCACAGAAUGUCAGCCAGGAUGUCGGUGCCCUGAAGGAUAUCUGGAGCAGGAUGGGUCGUGUGUCCAGCCAUGGCAGUGUGAAUGCAUGGACGCACUAGGCCAGAGCUGGGCUCCUGGUAGUUCUCGACAAGAAGGAUGUAAUAAUUGCACUUGCAUAAAUGGACACAUUCAGUGCACCAACCUGACUUGUGGGCCCUCUGACUGUGGCUGGAGCUCUUGGUCUACCUGGUCCUCCUGCAGUGUCUCGUGUGGGGUUGGUCAGCGGACCCGCUUCAGAUCAUCCACCACAGAAAUGAAGGAUGAAAAAUGUCAGACUGACCAGUCCCAAACCAAAAUGUGUGACCUGGGGGUCUGCCCUCCUCUCUGCAUUCACAAGAACCAGGAGCUAAUGGUGGGGGAGACUUGGCUGGUGGGGGAAUGUCAGCAAUGCAUAUGCACUCCAGAAGGUGUUUACUGUCAAGACAUAGAGUGCCAAGUGGAUGGAGACUGGACACCAUGGUCCCUCUGGUCAGACUGCUCAGUUACUUGUGGGAGAGGAGUGCAGAUUCGUAGCAGAGCUUGUAUAAACCCUCCACCACGGAACAAUGGCUCUGACUGUAGUGGACCUGAACAAGAAGCACAGGAUUGUGGGAGCAAGCCUUGUCAUGAGGACUCUUGCCCGUGGUCUUCGUGGUCUCCAUGUUCUCGAAGCUGUGGCACUGGUUUGAGGUUCAGAAAACGGGACUGUGCCUGCACUGAGGAUGAAACGGGGGAAACUGUCUGUCCACCAGAAAGACUCACCGAGGAAACACAGCCCUGCUACGAGCAGCCCUGCACUGGUUGUCCUCUGAGCGAAUGGACCGAGUGGUCUAGCUGUUCCUGCACCUCUCUGCUGCAGCAGCGAUACAGGACGCCUGUCCGUUCUUCUCAUGUGGGUCAAGAUUGCGAUGGCAUCGAAUCUCAGUCCAAAACUUGUCCCCCUGAAGAUUGUACAGUCUGCAGCCCUCCUUUUCAGUUCAUGAAGUGUGGCUCCCCCUGUGACAAGCUGUGUUCAACCACAGGACAAGGCGGUGGAUGCAAAAACCAUUCGGAGUGUGUGCCGGGCUGCUACUGUCCUGAGGGUCUUCUGGAACAGAAUGCAACAUGUGUUCCUCCUGAGCACUGUGGGUGUCUUCAUCUGUUACAUCCAGAAAAUGAUGGGCCCCCUGUUGCUGUGACCAUUCCUCCGGGGGAGAUGGUGGUGUCUGGUUGUAAAGCUUGCACGUGUGAUGAUGGGCAAAUGAUUUGCAGUAAUGAAGACUGUGAAGUAUCUUUCAGUGAGUGGUCUGAGUGGACAGCAUGCUCCCCUUGUUUGCCCCGGAUGGCUAUUAGUCCCAAAACUGUGGCUCUUUUGGGCGGCCAGGUUAAUGGUGACAGCAAUGUUACAGAGCUGCUAGCAAACAGUGGCCAUUACGUCUCUGUACAAAGAAGAUAUCGUACCUGUCUGGCCCUAGAGACUGGACUGCCAGUGUCCAGUAGUGACCAUCAGUGCCCUGGAGAUGUGGAAGAUGAGAGACUCUGUCCCGAUUCAACGGUGUGUGAAGAUUUAUGUCAGUGGAGUCCCUGGAGCUCCUGGAGUGUCUGCAAAGAGCCAUGUAGUGGGGGUUUCCGCAUCAGAAAAAGACAUCCAGAAUUCAUACAGGACGUCCACAGCUGCCAGGGCAACUGGUUCCAGUCUCAGAGCUGCAACACGGCCUCAUGUCCAGGGGAGAGUUGUGAGGAUCGAGGAAGAGCCUUUCUAGUGUCAUGUGCCAAUCAGUGCCCACGAUCAUGCACUGACCUCUGGGAGCAUGUGCAGUGCCUUCAGGGAGCCUGUCGUCCAGGUUGCCGCUGUCCCAAUGGAUGGCUGUUACAAGAUAACGUUUGUGUUCCCAUUUCGGAGUGUCGCUGUGGGCUACACAAUGUCGAUGGAACCCAAGAGUUUGAACCGGGCACAAAAAUGCAAAUCAACUGCAACAACUGCACAUGUGUGAAUGGCACUUUCACUUGCACAGCGCACGAGUGUCCCAAAUACAGUCCCUGGGGUCAGUGGAGUGAAUGCUCCGUCAGUUGCGGGGUUGGGGUGAGGAUAAGGAGCCGGACGUGCGAAGAAACUCCCAGAAGUCUACCUUGUACCGAUGAGACCUCACAGAGAGAUGAUUGCCAGCAGCCAUCUUGCCCCGUGGACUGUGUUGCUAGUGAGUGGUCCGAGUGGAGUGAAUGCAGCGCUACCUGUAAUGGAGGAGUGUCUGUGCGGAACAAAACAAUCAUCAGACACGCUGAACAUGGAGGAGAGGAUUGUCCCAUCCCUUUGCUACUGCAGAGAGCCUGCAAUGCCCACAACUGCACACCAGAGUGCCCAGGUACCCAAGUAUUCAGCAGAUGUGCCAACUCCUGCCCUCACAGCUGCACUGAUCUACGGCCGGAGUCUGAAUGCCUACAAGACAAGUGUGAGGAGGGCUGUGCCUGUCCAUUAGGGGAGGUUCUUUUGGGUCAAGAGUGUGUGCCCGUAGACACUUGUCCCUGCACCCUGCAAUCCUCAGCCCUUCAUGCCGCUCUCAACAUGUCUCUGGAGGAGACAAUGAAGGAAUUUCCUGCAGGUUCUGUUAUCUAUCAUGAAUGCAAUAACUGUACUUGUCACCGUGGGUCCUUCACUUGCACAGAGAACACCUGUGAUGUGGACUGCCUGUGGUCGGAGUGGUCACCAUGGACCUCGUGUUCUGUGAGCUGUGGGACAGGCUCCCAGUCAUCUAGCCGUGUCCAGAUCCAGCAGCGUAUGUACAGCGGGAGAGAAUGUGAAGGAUCACCGCAACGCAGCCAACUGUGCACCCAGCCAGACUGCAAAUGCCCACGUGGACAGCGAUUCAAAAGGCUGACAGAGGACACGGCUGUAUGUGAACGGACCUGCCAAGAGAUCUAUGAGCUGACGCCUCUGAACUGCAGCAUGCCCAGUAACCGUGAGGGCUGUGUGUGUGAAGUGGGCCGAUACCGAAACAGCACCCAAGACUGCGUGAUGGCAGCUCACUGUGAAUGUGCAGACGGAAAGAAUAUUUACCAGGCCGGUGCUGAGUGGACCGAAGGCUGCUUGACAUGUCAUUGUGUCAACGGGAUGAAGAUCUGCAAGGACGACUGUCCUCCAGUCAUCUGUGUCGAGGGAGAGGUGAAAGUUGAAGAGCCUGGACAAUGCUGUCCUGUCUGCAGGAAGGAACUUCCAAGUGAGCCUUUGCCUGUCUGCCAGAGAUAUUCUGAGAUCAGGAAUAUCACCAAAGGGGACUGUCAUCUGGACAACGUGGAGGUCACCUACUGCCGUGGCCAGUGUCACUCCUCAACUACUGUAGUUUUUGAGGAGCCGUACAUUGACGUGCUGUGCGAAUGUUGUAGUUACAAACUGGACCCCGAGAACCCCGUGCACUUUCUGAGCCUGCAGUGUGACAGUGGAGAGGUCGAGACGGUGGUCCUGCCAGUCAUCCAAAGCUGCCAGUGCAGUCGCUGUCAUGGUUGAGAAGCUGAGACGUGUGCAGCGGCGGACUGAACAGCACCAGCCCCGUGUCCUCUUCACUGUCCCUCUCGGAUCUUCUCUUUACUCGUGAACUGCAGUAUCUGUGGUCAUUAUAUGACUGGACCUUAAUAUAGAUCUGGUUUUGUAAAUCCUUCUGUGGUUUAUCCUGUACAGUUUUUACGUCUUUCCAAUAAAUAUCAAGCAAGCAA